UGUGGCUCUCCCUACCAAUGCCACGAGAAGAUUAUCUAGCCAUGCAAUUCUAUCCACAAACUUCAACAGGAGCAAAUUCCAAUACUGAAAGCCAUUCUUAACAACACUCUUCUCUUCUUUGUUUGUAUAACCAACAAUGUCGUCAGCUGUGGUUGCAGGAAGCUCUGCCACUUUCACCAGAAACCACUCCAUCAAAACCUCUCUAAACCCAGCAAAACCAGCAAUAUACUCUCAGUGCCAACAGAAAACUGCCUUUCAAGGCUUAUCACUUCAAGAUGCCAAAAGGGUUUCUUCAGAAAUAUUUAUAGCUGAAAAGAAAACUACUUUCACUGAUUCAAGAAAAGGGCUUCAAGUUACUGCAAGAACAGCUGGUGCUUCAAAGACUAUCGAAGUUGAGGUUGACAAGCCACUAGGCCUUACUUUGGGUCAAAAGUCUGGUGGUGGUGUGGUCAUAACUGCAGUAGAAGGAGGUGGAAAUGCGGCUAAGGCAGGGCUAAAAUCAGGGGAUCAAGUGCUAUACACUAGUAGCUUCUUUGGUGAUGAACUUUGGCCUGCUGAUAAGUUGGGUUUUACUAAAACUGCAAUUCAAGCAAAACCAGACUCUGUCUACUUUGUUGUUAGCAGAGGAGCAGAAGUAGAUGUUAAAAGACUACCAAAGCGUCCUGCUCCGCCCCGCUUUGGAAGGAAAUUAACAGAGGCUCAAAAGGCUAGAGCUACUCACAUAUGUCUUGACUGUGGAUUCAUAUACACUGCACAAAAACCCUUUGAUGAGCUGCCGGAUACAUAUGCGUGCCCACAAUGUAUAGCACCAAAAAAGAGAUUUGCAAAAUAUGAUGUGAAUACUGGAAAAGCAAUAGGCGGUGGUUUGCCUCCAAUUGGGGUUAUUGUUGGCCUGGUGGCUGGUAUUGGUGCUGUUGGUGCUCUGCUUGUUUAUGGUCUUCAAUGAGAGCCUUUAUAUCCUUUUUCCUCUCCAAUUUUUAGAGUCCAAUUUAUUUGGUUUUACACAUUUUAUGUUUCAGAGUUCAUAUUUGCUCUGGCGUAUAUAUAUCUACAUAUUGCAUAAUGUCAAUGGAAGUGUAAAUCUGGAUAUUUGUUGUUAAUGCAGCUCAAAAACUAUGUUUAAAUGAUUA